UGAACGAAGGCGUUGACAGUCACUGCUGGAACCGCCUAUACGUCUUGGCGUACGAUCGAGAAUCCGCGAACGCGCCCCUGUUGUCAUCAUCACAAACCCAACCGCGAGCGCGAUAGACUGCCGCCGAAACUUUUUGAGGAAGCCCCGUAGGUCCACGAUACAGAAUUCCAGGCCGGUGUGUGGUGGUUGGCGUGCUGCAAAAACGGCCCCAUCUCGGGACUGGGUCUGGAAAAGGAUACUCGCAUCUCCCUCUAGCGACCGGGAACUCUUGAGUCGCUUGCGUGAGUCGCUGCUGGCUGUGUCGGGCUUCUCGAGUCCGACAUCGUCUGGCUGAACGCAUGCUCGCGCCUGUUAUGUCGUCGCCAAAUCCUAGAAAACGACCAGCCCCCGGCACUGCUCCUAUGGUGCCUCUGACACAGAUGCAGCAACAAUUUUCUCCCGUGCAGCCGGACCAGUUAUUCAGGUGGAACGGUGCCGCAGAUAGCAGCGGCUUUGUCGAGUCAACGUCGCCAACAGUAAACUCAUUCCCCAUGAUGUCACAGUCUGGCCAAUACGGACAAGCAGUUCCGACGCCUUCAACGGCACUUGCGCGCCGGCAGAACAACCGUGCUCUUGUGCCCUCCGCCAGUAGGCUGCCCUUCGACAAUGUCCCUGAAGUCUGGAGCGGCUUUACCGAGGACCCAGCGUUCCUCUCGGGCUCAAACGGGGCGCCAGGGGAGCAUGACAGUGUCGAGCACCUCGAGGAGCUGGCCCAGCGAGCGAAGAGAGAGGCGCAGACGAAAAGGAAACAAAUCCCUCCUUUCGUGCAGAAACUGAGCAGCUUCCUUGACGAAUCACGGAACACGGAGCUCAUUCGGUGGUCCGACAAGGGGGAUUCCUUCGUUGUUCUAGACGAAGAUGAAUUUGCAAAGACGCUGAUUCCAGAGCUCUUCAAGCACAACAAUUACGCCUCGUUCGUGCGGCAGUUGAAUAUGUACGGGUUCCAUAAACGAGUGGGCCUCUCAGACAACUCUAUGAAGGCAAGCGAGAGGAAAAACAAGAGCCCAAGCGAGUACUACAACCCGUACUUCCGGCGUGGUCACCCGAACCUGUUGUGGCUCAUAAACAAGCCAAAAAGCGGCAACAACAAGAAGAAGGGGAAGAAGGACGACGGCGAUAUGGAGAGCGACGAAGACGGUAUAGUCGAGGAGACGUACACAAGUCAGAGCGUGCCAGUGGUUCCCAUGGCCAGAGGCGCCUCGGUUGUCAAUGAGGUUGGGCCGCUGCAAAAGAAAGACCUUGUGCAGGUCAGGACCCAGCUGGAUAGACUCCAGCAACAGCAGACGGCGAUAUCUUCCAUGCUUUCCAAAUUACGGCAAGAGCACACCCAGCUCUACCAGCAAGCCGUCAUGUUCGAAAACAUGCACGAACGGCACGAGAAUUCGAUCAAUGCAAUAUUGAACUUUCUAGCCAACGUUUUUAGGAAAUCGUUGGAAGAACAGGGCGGUGCGCAGAGCGUGCAGGAUCUCCUGGCGAGCAUCAUCCCAAACGCGCAGGGGCAUGCUUCGGCUCAGAUACCUCGCGGCGGCGUCGUUGAGAUAAACGACUUCAUCCCACAGUCCCAAAAGGUGACGGCAAUGAACACACCGAAGCGCCAGCAACGCUUGCUGCCGCCAAUACCGCAUCAAGCAAGCAAGGCCAGCACCAUGUCCCCCUCCCCAACGCCCGCCGCCACCACCCCCCAACCGUCAUACCAAAGGCCUCAAAUGGGGUCUGUGACGGAGGUUUUCGACACCUCUCCCGGUGACAGUUCCUCGCCAGCCUACAUUAAGAACGAACUGCAAAACAAUCCCCAGGAGGGCAUGAUGAAGAUCAUCCAGGACACCAACGCGGUCAACAACAAUACCUCGGGGAUUGACCUGCCGAAUGUCGCUGCUAAGACGUCCACGAACAUGAGCAACGACCAACGCAGCAAGAUGCUCAGUAUCAUGGCUGGCCAGAUGCCAAACCGCGCUACCACCUCCACCCCUAGCUCGCACGUCCCGACUCCGGCCCCACCGGCCCCAACUCCAGUAGCCUUCCAAAAUUCCAACGUGUCUCUCUCCCCGAUCUUGUCUUCUAUGGCUCCUCCGUCUUUGCAUAAUGUCCAGGCCACACAAGCGGACCUCGACGUCCUGCAGCAGCUGCAAAGCGACCAAGCCAACCAAAUCAACCACCUGUCCAGCCUGCUCGGCCCCCUGAGCCCGUCCGGCCAGAUCCCCGGCAUCGACGACAGCGGGAACCCGAGCUUCUUUGACAACGUCGACUACGAGCAGUUCAUCAACUCGAACGCCUUUUCGGACCACCACUAUGACACCAGCUUCGCGGGUCUGAACGGCACGGGGGAUACCAGCGACUUUGAUUUCAGCCUCGACGGGGUCGGCGCCGGCGGCGUCGGCUUGUUCCCUGCGCCCGCCGAUCAGGCGACGGCCACUGCCGGUGGUGUUAGCGAUCACAAUUCUGCUGCUGCUAGUGCAGCCGCCACGUUCGAGCCGGGCCGCGUCUUUGAGACGCACUCCACCUCAGACACGCCCAGUCCGUCGGGCACCGAGGAGAUCUUCCGCAAUGACCUGGGCAGCCCGGAACGCGAUGCUAAGCGCCGCCGUAAGGGUUGAGAUUGAGGAGUUGCGACGAUUAUGAUAUCUCUCCCGUUUGUGAACCGUGGGGGCGGUGGCGUACACUUGCUUUGCUUAUUUCUGGGGAUGGCGCUUCGGAGUUUUCUUCUUGCCUUGCCCUGACUUCCUCUCCCUUCUACCUUUUUAUCUUGGGGCGGCGGCGUCAUGGGCCGGCAGGCAGGAGGGCACGGGGACUAGUGCAACACGGGCUGGGCUGGGACUAGGUCGGGCUUAGGAUCUUAGGAUCUGUAAGCAUAGGCAG